GCCUUAUCUCUUCUUCUUGUCUUUUCUCUAAUCAUUUUGCCUUCCUACUAAAACCUCAUUUUUCUAUCAUCACUAAAUAGACUAAAAACCAACAAACUCUUCAUUCAGAAACUUCUUUUUCUUUUAUCUAUUUCUAGUGACUGAUACUGCAAAUUCCCAUUUUCCCUUUAGAGGGGUCUCAUUCAAAAUUUUGAAUUCUUUUGGGUAUUCAAGAAAACAAAAAAGUUUGAAGCUUUCUGCCUCUUUAUGUGUGAAUAAAUAAGAGAAACAGAAAAUCAUCUUACUAUUUCAGCUGUUUCUUGGAUGGACACCCAUCAUGGCAAUAAUGGAGUUCUUGAUUGGAUUUGUGUCCCCUCUAUGAAAUGACCCUUUUGCCCUUCUCAAAUUUCAAGAAUGGCCAGAAUCCAAAAACUCCAAAACUCCCUCUCAAUUCUUGCUGUUUUCUUGUUUUUGAAUUUUUUUGUCCAGCCAUGUAAGUCCUUAUCAUCAGAAACUGAGGCUCUUUUGCUUUUCAAAGAGCAGCUUAAUGACCCUUUGAAUUACUUGGAUUCUUGGAAGGACUCAGAAUCUCCUUGCAAGUUCUAUGGAAUUACAUGUGAUAAAAAUACUGGUCUUGUUAUCGAAAUUUCGCUCGAUAAUAAAUCGCUUUCCGGGGUGAUAUCACCUUCAAUCUUUUCACUCAAAAGUCUCACUUCUCUUGUGUUACCUUCAAAUGCACUAUCAGGGAAACUUCCUAGUGAAGUUACCAACUGCACCAGUCUCAGAGUCUUGAAUGUCACAGUAAAUAACAUGAACGGAACGAUACCUGAUUUGUCUAAGUUGACUAACUUAGAAGUGUUGGACUUGUCGAUUAACUACUUUUCCGGGGAAUUCCCAUCUUGGGUUGGAAAUAUGACUGGUUUGGUUGCGCUAGGCCUCGGAGAUAAUGACUUUGUUGAAUGUAAAAUUCCUGAGACUCUUGGGAAUUUAAAGAAAGUGUAUUGGCUUUACCUGGCAGGUUCAAAUUUGACAGGAGAAAUCCCGGAAUCCAUUUUUGAAAUGGAGGCACUAGGUACAUUGGAUAUUUCAAGAAAUCAGAUUUCUGGGAAUUUCUCUAAGUCAGUAAACAAGCUGAAAAAUUUAUGGAAAAUUGAGCUGUUUCAGAAUAAGUUGACAGGGGAACUUCCUGUAGAACUGGCAGAGCUCUCUCUUUUGCAGGAAUUUGAUAUCUCUAGCAACCAUAUGUAUGGGAAGCUGCCUCCAGAAAUUGGGAACCUGAAGAAGUUAACAGUUUUUCAUGUAUUCAUGAAUAACUUCUCUGGUGAAAUUCCUCCUGGUUUUGGAGAUAUGCAGCAUCUUAAUGGCUUUUCCGUGUACAGGAACAAUUUUUCUGGGGCAUUUCCAGCAAAUCUUGGUCGGUUUUCGCCCCUGAAUAGCAUAGACAUAUCUGAAAACAAGUUUACUGGUGGAUUCCCAAAGUACUUGUGCCAAAAUGGGAACCUGCAGUUUUUGCUAGCUAUUGAGAACAGUUUCUCAGGGGAGUUUCCGAGUGCUUACUCGUCGUGCAAGCCUUUACAGAGAUUGAGGGUCAGUAAGAAUCAACUUUCUGGGAAAAUUCCCAGUGAUGUAUGGGGACUUCCAAAUGUACUGAUGAUGGAUUUCAGUGAUAACGAAUUCAGUGGAACUAUGUCCCCGGAAAUUGGGGCUGCUACUAGCCUGAAUCAGUUGGUAUUAUCAAAUAACAGAUUUUCUGGUGAGCUUCCAAAAGAACUUGGGAAACUCACACAAUUGGAAAGGCUUUACUUGGAUAACAAUAACUUCUCGGGUGCAAUACCUUCUGAACUUGGUAAACUAAAGCAAAUUUCAUCUUUGCAUUUGGAGAAAAACUCAUUCUCCGGGACUAUCCCAUCGGAAUUGGGUGAAUUUUCUAGGCUUGCAGACCUGAAUCUUGCUUCAAAUCUUCUUACAGGUAGCAUUCCCAAUUCCUUAUCAACAAUGACCUCUUUGAACUCUCUGAAUCUUUCACACAACAGACUCACUGGUACAAUACCAACUAGCUUGGACAAUCUGAAGCUGUCUUCAUUGGAUCUCUCUAACAACCAGCUAUCAGGAGAGGUAUCAUUAGAUCUUUUAACGCUGGGAGGAGACAAGGCAUUAGCUGGUAACAAAGGACUUUGUAUCGACCAAAGCAUCAGAUUCUCGAUCAACUCAGGCUUGGACAGUUGUGGUGGAAAGGCUGCUAAACAUAAGUUAAACAAACUAGUGGUAUCUUGCAUUGUGUUGCUUUCCUUAGCGGUUCUAAUGGGUGGCUUAUUGCUCGUCAGUUACCUAAACUAUAAGCAUAGUCAUGACAUAGACGAUGAAGAAAAACUGGAGCAAGCCAAGGGAACAAAUGCAAAAUGGAAGCUUGAGAGUUUCCACCCUGUGGAAUUUGAUGCAGAUGAAGUCUGUGAUUUCGAUGAGGACAAUUUGAUCGGAAGUGGAGGUACAGGAAAAGUUUAUCGGUUAGACUUGAAGAAAGGUUGUGGAACAGUAGCUGUGAAGCAGCUGUGGAAAGGGAUUGGUGUGAAAGUUUUGACAAGGGAAAUGGAAAUCUUGGGGAAAAUCAGGCACAGAAAUAUAGUUAAGUUGUAUGCCAGUCUAAUGAAAGAAGGUUCAAAUAUCUUGGUUUUUGAGUACUUGCCAAAUGGUAAUCUUUUCGAGGCACUACACCGAGAGAUCAAGGCUGGCAGACCAGAACUAGAUUGGUACCAGAGAUAUAAAAUAGCCCUUGGAGCUGCAAAAGGAAUUGCUUAUCUGCAUCAUGAUUGUUACCCUCCUAUUAUUCACAGAGAUAUCAAAUCAACCAACAUUCUACUUGAUGAGUAUUAUGAAGCAAAAGUUUCAGACUUCGGGGUUGCAAAAGUUUCAGAAAUUUCUUCUAGGGGAUCCGAGUUCAGUUGUUUUGCAGGCACUCAUGGUUACAUGGCGCCUGAAAUGGCAUACACUCUCAGAGUGACAGAAAAGAACGACAUUUACAGCUUUGGUGUCGUGCUAUUGGAGCUAGUAACUGGAAGAAAACCUAUAGAAGAAGCCUAUGGAGAAGGAAAAGACUUGGUCUACUGGACCUCAACUCAUCUAAAUGACAAGGAAAGCAUUAACAAAGUUCUUGAUCAAAAGGUGGUAUCUGACCUUGUUCAGGAUGAAAUGAUCAAAGUGUUGAGAAUUGCCACACUUUGUACUACUAAGCUUCCUAAUUUGCGUCCCAGCAUGAAAGAGGUUGUCAAUAUGCUCGUCGAUGCUGAACCCUUGACAUUUAGAUCUUCAAGCAAAUCUGAGAAAAAAGGGAACAAUUUUUCUGAGGUCUAGUUUCUCUCUUUUUUUUUUUUAAUAUUGGGGUUUCCCUGUUGAUAGUUGCUCUGUAGUAUAAUUCUCAAGUUAGUUUUAGGUAUCUGAUAUACAUAAAUUUAUACCAUGUGAUGUGAUAUUCCACUUUCUUUAUGUAAAAGUUCGAAUUGUGUAAGAUAAAAUGUACUUUUUUUCUGCUGUGAUUGGAAACUUCAGAAGUUGGAUUAAUCAGAAAUCUGGGUAUUUUUGUCCA